UGCAAUUACACUUGUAUUGUUCAACAUCAUGAUGAAUUAUAUGUUCACAAACUUAGAUUUAUACAGCAAAUCUAAUUUUAAAAUGGCAUGAUGUUACCUAUCCUGUACACUAGGUGGCGGUAUGCAAUCCGCCGUUAAAUAAGGUAAGAAGAAGAAGGCAAACAUCCUCUACUGUCACGUAGAAAGCGGGAUAAGCUGGGAAUAAGUUGGCAAAAGUGAAUUUGGAGUUGUAAAAAUGGCGCUGGGUGACUGUUGGAAGCAGUUAUCCUGGUUUUACUACCAGUAUCUUCUGGUGACGGCGCUCUACAUGCUGGAGCCCUGGGAGAGGACGGUGUUCAACUCGCUGCUGGUCUCGGUGGCCGGCAUGGCCGUCUACACCGGCUACGUCUUCAUGCCGCAGCACAUCAUGGCCAUCCUGCACUACUUCGAAGUCGUCCAAUGACACGACGGCGCCGUCCACAGGUCCCGCCUCUCCGUCUCUCUGCCCGUCUGUCCACCCGCCGCCGUUUCCGACCACGUCGAGAGAACCCCACACACC